AUGGAUAAAAAGAAGAAUGGAAAUGUCGAUAAAUUCAGCCAGGAAAACGAAAAGUUGGCUCAGACAAACAAGGCUCUGGAAGACAACGUGAACAAAUUUGAAGGUCAAGUGAACAAAAUGACAGAAGAAAACAACAAAUUUGCAGAAAACAACGCCAAACUCACAGCUGAAGUCGGAAAAACGUCAGCUGAAAAUGCGAAACUGGAACAAACCAAAAAAAAAUUGGAGGAGCAAGUCGGAAAAUUAGAAGGCGAAGUUAACAAAAUGGGUGCAGAAAACAAAAAAUUCGAAGAAAAAAACAACAAAUUGGGUGCGCAAGUUGAAACAAUGACUGCAGAAAACGAAAAAAUGGCUGCGAACAACAAAGAACUAGAAGCUAAAAUCGCGAAAUUUUCAUCCGAAGAGAAACGUGAAAAAUUUCAAGAAAAUGGAAAAUUUGCCCAAAAUAACGCAGAUUUGGAGGCGAAAAUCAAGCAACCCCAAGCGGAAGUUGAAAAGUUCGCAAAAGAAAAUGAGAAAUUUGCCGAGCAAAAUAAGGUUUUGGGAGAAACUUCUGCUAAACUGCAGGCUAAUAAUGAUGCUCCGGAAUCAAAAAUUGCAGAGUUGAACCAACAGUUGGAAAAAUUCAAGAAAAUUUACCAGAAAUUAUCUGGGGAGAAUGAAAAAUUGGCGACAAUCAGAAACGGUUUCCAGAAGUUAAAAGAUAUGUUUUUCGACCAGUUGAACGAAAAAAUGCAGGCUAUGGAUAGAUCCCUGCUGGAAAAACUGGCAGCCGAUAUUGAAAUGAUGGACAAGAAGGAGGGGCUGAGCCCGGAAGAGUUCGACCGGUUCUUGGCCCGGGUCCCCAAACACUUGAAGGCCAAGUUCAACGCCAUUGCUGCGUAGACUUCAAGAAAUUCGACACCAAUAAUGACAACUUGAUCGAGUACAACGAGCUGUCUAAAAUGCUUGACAAGGUCAUGGAGAUUUGACCAUUACAGAAAACCAAAAACAGCGAAAAUGGAGAAAAAUAACGUAGAAAAUUCAAAGAGAAUGGACAAAAAAUAUCAAAAACGGAACGAAAACCAAAGUUUGAUACAGAAAAAGUGUAGAAAAAAGAUGGAAGCCUUUA